AUGCAAUACAGCAUGUACCCAUGGAAAAAGCUUAAAAGUUCAAAUUAUCGUUAUAUUUUGAAGCGGUUUAUUUCUAGUUCCAGUGAAACUAAAAAAUAUAUUAAGGGAGAAGUACCUAAAUCAUUAUUAAUAAAACAAGAACAACGUUUAAAGAAUAAUUCAAAUAAAUCUUUAAAAGAUGGAAACUCUUUAAGUUUCGCCAUAUCGGACGUUUUUAAUUUAUUUAAUCCUAAUGCAGUAAAUAAAGAAGAUGAAUCAUUAUCUAACAAAGAAUAUGAAGAUCAACUAUUCGAAUUUAUUAACAGUUCUAAGUUCAAGAAUUUACUCAAAAAUAAAUUUCAGUUCGAAAAUACUUCCAAUACAGUAAAUUUCUCUUCAAUGAUUAGUAAAUUCAAGACACUGGCACCCGUGGAAUAUGAUGCAAUACAUAAGUUUGUUAUAGAUACAGAUAUGUGCUCAAGAGAUUGGAAAACACUUCCAAUAUAUAUUAAACAAUUACAAUAUUUUAUGGCAUAUGGUCCAUUAGGUCCACGUAGUGAUACAAAGUUUGAUGAAUCACCCUUUCUUUCAACAAAACCAAAGAAAGAUAUUUUAAGUAGCACCAUACUUAGUGCUUUUAUCUUAUUAUCUUCUAUAGGAUUUAUAAAGCAUAGUUUUCAAGAUACAAAAAAAAUUGAAAUAACUCAAUAA